UCCUUAAGGGUCUUCUCCCUUCCUUUUUUUGUAAAGGUAAAAACUGAAGUAGUUCUUUUGUAGUAUUCAGUAGAAAGGAUGGGUCAACAGCUUUGUGCAAAACUGUAUUAUGUAAAUUAAUUGUUAACUCUUCCAAAAACAUCCCUGUACCUGUUCACUUUUGGUCAGCUAUAACCCUGGAUGCAGUAAGUUCUCAACUGAUUAUACUUGACUACUAAGAUAGCAGGUCAGUUUUACAGUGGAGUUGGCAUCAUAAACUUCACAGAAGUGAUUUUUUUAAAUGUUUGUGGUUUUUUGUGUUUUUUUUUGUUUUGUCUUACAGUCUUUUAAACUCCUGGGAUUUCUCGAUGUUAAAAAUGUCCCAUGUGCACGAGAGUCAGUGCUCUAUGGCUCCCUGGGGUCUUUAGUUAUGGGUCUUGGACAUUUUUUAGCAACUAGUAGAGUUAGAAGAUCUUGUGAUGUUGCAGUUGGUGGCUUUAUUUGCACAAUGUUAGGAUACUGGUUUUACUGCAGGUACAACUUGGCCCAGCAAAGGAUCCGGCAAAGAAUGCUUCAAGAAGGAAUGAAAAACAGAAUUUUGUAUGAAGGCAGUUAUCUUGAUCCAGAAAAGGAACAAACUGGCAGUGAAAGAAGCGAUUCAUAGGUUGCUCUGGAGGAGUUGUGGUUUAAUACAUCUCUGGGAAAAGGUGGUCCCAAAAAAAGUCAGUCUACAGUGGAAGCCUGUGACAUGUCUAAAACUGGUAAAUCAUGGUUUUCCUAGCAAACGUGAGCAGGAAAUUCGUAGUGAAUCUGUCUGUACAAGCCUUGCUUUGUUUCAUGUAUGUAUGUAUGUGACUGCACACAUUUGGAAUGACAUCCUGUUAAACAUCUGGGAGCUGAUGUGUUCUCUUGCAGGGUCUCAGAGAAUUAACAACAGUGAUUUAGGACUGCUUUAACUUCCACUAUAAACAGAGUGUGGUUUGUUUUAGCAAAGUUGUAAUUACAUUUCAUUUAAAUACAGGAAAAUAUUUCCAUCACCUGUUGAGUUAAUGUAUCUUUCAGUGCUAUUAUUAACAGUGCUGUUUGUAAAACAGGAAUAUUUAAGCAGUAUAGGAGAAGGCUUUGCUUGUGCAAGAUGGGUGAUAGCAGCAGCCUUUGCAAGAUUUCAGCUGCAGGAUAACCAGAUAGCUUACAUACACUGUGAAGCUAGCUGAAGGAUUUCCAUCUUUGUUCUGUUUGAAACUAUGAAUACAAUCACACUUCAGAGCAGCCUAAACUAUGUAAGUAAAUAAUUUUUUUACUUCAUUAAAAAUCUUGCUGCUUAAGACACUGCCAUACUAUUUGUGGAAUAAUAAUCUACAUUAUUUGCAAGCAGUGAUGUUUGUUUUUUCUUUCAUUUUUUUUCUUUAAAGGUAUAUUCUACUUAACUAUUCAUUGUACAUUUUUCAGUUAAAAGAAGUAUUAACAUAAUUUCAAGGAAAUCAUCUUAUUUGGAAAUGCAGUGUUAGGUCUAAUAGCAUAUUGAUAA